AAUGAAUAUCAACUGUCUGUCAACUCUAGUAUUACCGGGAAUAACCUCACUAUUUUCACAUCUAUCGGACCUAAAAAAAUUAAAAAUAAGCUGGAUAUACUUAAGUUACUUUCUGAUUAUAGUGGAAAAUGGCCACGGCACUGGAAGAUUUUCCCACCUGGCUAAGCGGAAAAUUGCAAGAAUUAAAAACAGACGAAGAUAUUUUUGGAUCCUACAUAAUGGGGAUUUUGGAUAGCGAUGAAACAGCCAAAGAAAAAUCUGAGGCUCUCCAAGGAAUACUAUCAGAAAUUGUCGAAAACGAGGAUGAAAUCACACAGCUCUGCAAUGAAAUACUAGAAAAUUGGCACUCCUGUAAACCAAAAGAAACAGAUAUUCAUCAAAUGUCCAGUGAAGAAAUGGAAGAGAAGCUUGCCAAACUGAUGGAAUCUCAAUCCCUGGCCAUAACCAAACAAAAGAAUACACAGAGGACGAAAAGAAGAUCCGCGAAGCUAUCUUGUCUCAAUACAGCCAAAUGAGUGACGAUGAGGAAGAUGAUACAGAUGCAAAUAGCACGGGGGGAAGUAAAGGAGAUGGUUUGGAGAAGAACAUGAAUGCACAAGCUGUCGCACAAGCAGAAAAAAAUAAAAGAGAACAAGCAAGAAUUGACAGUCAAAAGAAGAAAGAAAAAGACAAAGAAGAUAGAGAAAAACAAAAGCAGUUGAAAGAAGAGAAGAAAGAAAAGCGCAAGACUGUAAAGGUAGAGCGUAAGCGGUAGCAGAUUUUAUUUUAACCUAAGUUUCUGUAAUAUAGUGUGGAAACAGAUCUCCAUUUUUAUUUUUACAAUUGUUUUUAAAAUCAUACUUGUGAAUUUUUUGGAAACAAUAAAUGUCUACCUAAUCAC